CUCUUUCUCUCUCUCUCUCUCUCUCUCUCUCGCACUGAUCGUUGCGGGCAAACAACCGCUGAAACUGGAAGUUGCAACAUCGACAUUUUCAGAUCCUACUGCUGACACGAUCAGUGAGCAGACAUGCUGGCCACAGAGCUGCUCUUGGCCACUCUGGAAGACCUAGUCGAAGAUGACUUCAAAAAACUAAAGUGGUACCUCUCCUUGAAGAGCUCAGGAAACCUGAAACCAAUUCCAAAGUCCUAUGUGGAGAAGGCAUCACGGACAGACACUGUGAGCAUAAUGACAAAGCACCAUGAGGAGGAGCCUGCUGUGAGGCUCACAGUGGAGAUCCUGAGGAAGAUGAACAACAACGAAGCAGCAGGAAACCUAGAGCUUGUAUUCAGAGGGAAAAACAUCUACACCCUCCACCUCCACCUCCUCCUCUGAUGCUGUGGCUCCUGGUACUGCUCCUAAGUCAAUUUCAGCAACAAAUGGAAGUACAGUCAUCGCUCCAAUACUCCACGGCUGUAAAACAGAAACAUUGAAUAUAAAUUUCAGAUAAAUAAAACCAUGUCAAAUUUUGAUAUUUUGAGGGUAAAUUGCAUUUUUUUCUAAAGAUUUGGCUGACAUUAAUUGUAAGUAUUACCCUACAAUUAAAUGUUUUAACUGAAAAACCCUUUUCCUUUGUCAUUAUUAAGCUGCAUUGAGGUCUAAUAAAUGAUUUAUAACAAACCUUAA